AAACACCCCCUUGUAUUGUUGAAUCCACAGUUUUCGACCCAAUUCAAUUCCCCACCUCCUGCUGAUUGUAAUCUGUAUAACACUCUCUCUCUCUCCUUACUUCACUGGUAAGAGACUAAAGAUAAGUUUGUUUUCUAUCUCCGCCGCAAUCGUCCGAUGUCGAUAUCUAUUCUCCACGAUGAACCAAUCACCGGAGAUCAAUCGUCGCAACCGAAGUGCUACACGGCGAGUCUAUCAACAAAGAUUCUUUCGAAAAUCCUCGCAUGUCUUAUCAUGAUCCCUGUAGCCGCAACCGCCUUGCUCUUCAUCCUCAUGUCUCUCAGCUUCUCUCUCUUCUUCUUCUCUCUCUACUGGUUUCUCCACCGCCACCGCCGUCGCGAAUCCUCAGAUGGGUUGUUGUCUCCCAGAUGCGUGAAGAGCCUUCCCCAGUUCAAGUUCUACGAGCCGACGCUGUACGGAAGCGAGUGCGUGGUCUGCAUCGAAGGGUUCAGACAAGGACAGUGGUGUCGGAAGUUGCCUGGAUGCGGACAUGUGUUUCACCGCAAGUGUGUUGACUUUUGGUUGGUCAAAGUCGGGACUUGUCCGAUUUGCAGGGACAGGGUUUAGAAUUUGUAAGAAGAUGGAGCCAAAAAGGUGAAAGUUUUGAUCGGACAAGAUGUGGGUUUGCAAGUGUUUAUAGUUUUUGUGUUCCUUAGCAACUUUGGUUUUCAUCAUGUACGGUCCUUUUACACAGCUCAGAAUCGAAGCCUGGUGAUGAAUUUA